UUAAAUUAUUUAUUUUUAUAAUAGGUAUAACUUGAAAUUAAGACAUUUCUUGUUUUUUAGAAAUUCAUUUUUUAAGUGAACGUUUGGUGCAUAAUUAGAAGAAAUGGAUUUGUUUUUUUAGAAAUUUAGGUUCUGAGAAGUAAAAAGGGUAAAAAUUUAAGAGGGGUUUUUCGUCGCUCCUUGUGCAAAUUCUUUCUGUUCGUGUCUUUUUACGAGAAGAAUACAUGAAACUUAACCUCUUUAUUAAAGAUCUUGAAACACAUUAUUAAUAUUAAAAAUCAUUCGAUAGUAGACUUUUCACACUUCGUUAGAGUGCUAAUCGAAAAAAUAUGUAAUAUAUGUAAAUCUCCAAAUAAACGCACACAUUGUCGAGUAUGGGUAGCAGGAUAAUUUGAAAAAAAGCGUCAAUGUAUAUCAUCGCUUUUCACGAAGCUUAACGAACGUUUACGAUUGGAAAGGGAGAGACGGAUGUUGGGGGCGGCAGUGUGGCAGUAUGGGGUUGCAGCUUCAGGUGGGUGUUGCCCUGUCGUUGCUACCUAGCACAUGUAAUCCUAGCUUUGUCCAGACCUUCAACAAUUAAGAUUUUGGUAUUUUCCAAAAUGAAAAAGAACGAGUGACAUAUACGAAUGGAUUAUUUAAUAACAAUAUAUGGAUGCAUGUUUUUGGUGGGUGUUCUCGGCAAUGGGACCCUUUGUCUGACACUGUGUUGCGGUCCCGGAGCCAAAACUCGAAGUCCCUUGCUUUUUGGUCUAAUUUUUGCGGACCUCCUAGUAUGUUGUUUAAGUGGUCCUGUCACUGCGGCUCUUUAUGUCCUUUCAAACUGGACCCAAACUUGGAAAUACAUUGCUCUAUUUAUCCAGGCCUGGCCUGUUUCUGCUAGCACUUUAUUGAUGAUGGCUAUAUCUGUCGACCGUUAUCUCACGAUAAAAAGUUACAGGCCAGCUGGGCAAAUUGCUCGGAGAAGACACUUGCUUAACACUGCGGUUAUUAUCACCUGGAUCUCUGCUGCAAUUUUAUCUGGUACACAAUUUAUUUGUAAACAUCCAUGGCGGAAAAGCUUAGUUAUCACCCAUGUGUUAUUGGUGUAUGUUAUGCCAGCUUGUGCGGUUCUCAUAAGUCACUUAGGAGUGCACGCUAAGCUCACUGCAAUUUCCCUGACUGCUCGCGCCAAACAUGGCGAACUACCCUUACCAAUGCCCCUCUUAAGGAGACCAACCCACGUUAUCAUUGUUGCAGGAAUUUCCAAGCACGGUAGAGACAGACUCCAGACGACCGAAACAAGUGUUGAGAAUAUUUCCCAGCCGCCCACAAGCACUCUUCGCAGUCGUCGUCGUCUGGCGAAUUCUUUAUUAUGGGUGGCGAUUGUUUUCGCAGUAUGUUGGUUUCCUUAUAUAGUGUGCCAAUUUUGUGGAGAAUUAGGAACGUCUCCUUCUACAACGGUUCAACGGUAUAGCUUACUUCUUGGCCAUACUCAUUCGGCGUUUAGUCCAAUUCUGUAUUGGACACUAAACCAUCAAUGGCCUCAACGACCAUGUCGCUUUCGGCUUCCUGUUCUUUACAGAAGCGCUUCAUCAACGAAUGAGGCUGCUCUUGGUCCAUUUCAUCCUAGACUGGUACGUCCGCCACCGAUCCGUCGAAGAUCCUCACAUUAUCUUUACUAAUGACUGUCUGUGAUUACUGGGCCUCGCUGAUGUAACUACCUCACGAUUCACGAUAUCUACUAUUUCUUAUUUUUAACAUAACUUCAUUAUCAUCAUUACAAUUAAUGUUGUUACUGAUAGCGUUUAAGGAUAUGGUAUAUAUGUAAAGAAAAGACAAUUUCAUAAAUAUAUUUUUUUAUUUAUAAUAAACAUCCGGGCAUGUUCUAUACGUAUAUACCGUAAUAAAUAAUUGUUGUUCAUUGUUUUAUUGCUGUUGUGUUGAUCAUUGUUCAAGUGGAACGUGAAGAAGAAUGAAUGUAGCCGACUUGACAAAACAUUUAUUCAAUAUCAUCGACUGGUACUUUAUAUAAUUAUCUAUAAGUAACUGACAAAUAUAAAAAAUCAAAAAUGUUACACGUAGUGGGCAAACUGUGAGUUUUAUUCUUCAUAAAUGUUCAAUACAAUAAUUAUCAAAGAAAUCUUAAUACAAUGUAGCUGUGAAUCUAAUAAAACUAGUUUUCUAUUUGCUAUUUCGUUACUUGGUGACUUGCCGACAAUCACUUCGUAAGUGUUAUACGUGCCUUUUGUUCUUCAUAUUGCUGUUAUAUUCUUAUAUUUCUCCCCCUGGUUGUAAAUAUAAAUUGUAAUUUUAAACAUAAAUAAAUUUUAUUGU